AUGUACACGGGCUCCGAAUUUCAAGACGAAGACAUCGGCCCAUAUGAGUUUGAAGGUCUUGUUAUAACUGGAGUUCAGAAGUUCGAUGAGGGAAUUACAAAUUUUGUUUUGUUGAUGAGUAGCCCAGAGGUUUGUUGAUUCUUAUUUCAAAUUGCGAAGGUUAUAAAUACUUAUUUUCAGACCAAGGAUUGUCAUAAAUUCGAGAUUUUCGGGGUUCACGAAUCGGCAUUCACAUUCACCAUCAAAGAAGACAUCGAGAAAUAUGUUGCUUUCAAGAAUGUUGUGUAAGAUAAAUAAUUUUUGAAAUAAAAACCUCUUUUUCAAUAGAAUAUUAUUUACAGACGAAGAACAUCCGAACCUCUUCGUUUUGGCGCUAUUGUAAAGUGGAACACAAAAACUUGUGAUUUGGAAAAACGAAUUAUUCACAAGUUCGCGCGGGAGAAAAGUAUUUUUGCCGUGAGAUCGUCAGGCAUUUGCAACGAACUCAGAAUUGGAGGUGUUAUGAAUCCUGAUCAAUCACAAUUUUGGAAUACAUUUUGUCCAGUUAACAUUCGUGAGUAAAUAUUUAUAAAUUUUACUUUUAUCAUUGAAAUAUUACAGCUAGAAUGGAAGCGUUGAAAGCAGAACCAAAUGUUUGGCUUCAAAGUUGGGUUGGAAUACAUGUCAACGGUACAAAUGUGAGAAAAUUUGUUUUUUUUUGUUUACUCUGAUGAAAAAAAAUUGUUUUUCAGACACAAAACGUGAAUAUCAAUUUCGAAUUUGCGGAAUUUGACGAUUUUGACAACACUGAACAACAUCGAAUUCUGUCAGCGGUAAACAAUAUUUUAUUGUUAGUUAAAUAUGUUCUCAAUACAACAUUUAUUUUCAGCCAUGGAAUCGUGCCAACGGAAAACGUCAAAUGUUGUUAAAACCAGAUCCAACUCCAACUGACGAUGAUGAUGACAUUCUGCUCGAAAGAUCAAUCAGCAAUGUGCGAGCUCAAAACGAAUGGAGAGAGGAUAUUUAUUAUCAACGCGGGCUCUUCGUUGGAAAUCAUCUGAUCAUUUCGCGAGAUAUGCCACAAUAUGAUUUCAUUCAUCCGAUCAGACAUCCAUACAAUCAUAAAUUUCUAAAUGGAAGAGUUCCAACAUAUCCAGUGGCUGGAGAAUAUCUCCGAUUUUGCGCGUCUUGGUCAACACUUCAUCACGCGUUUAUGGUGCUUGAGAUUGAUCGAGAACAUGAGUUCAAAAAUCACCGACAAUCUUCAUCGGGAAAUGUGAGUUUGGAAAAUUGAAUUCUUUAAAAAAAUCAUGAUUUUUAGCUCAAGAUUGGUGUCAAAGUUUCACCCGAACAUCCAUAUCUUUUCAUUGAUUCCACCGACACUCUUGGAUUAAUCGACGAUCCUGGAUAUCAUUUGGCUCUCUGGACAUAUUACGUCGCAUAUCAUCCAAAUUUGGAGGCAAAAGUCGAAAUCACACCAGUUCGUGCCACACAUAAUAAAUCUGUCAGAUAUCGUAUCGUCAAAAGAAUCUCUAGCGACGCCACGAUGAGCUGUUUCGAAAGUUGGCUCCAAACCGCCGAAUUCUCUGUCGAAAAUGUGAUUGGAACCGCGAUUUCGGACGACACGCUGAUUUCACCGCAAUAUCCGAAUAUUUUGUUCAAAUGGGUCUCGCUUGGCGAAAUAAAGGCUGGAAUGACUUUCCGAUUCAGCGCCAUCUAUCGAGCUGGUCACGGAAACGAAUUUCUGAUUGUCAACCCAAUUUCGUGUCCAGGAAGUGCAUCGAUUUUGACCUGCUCGAAAGUUUUCACACACGAAUAUGCUCUCGCGAAAAGUGUAAGUUCAAAAUCACAAAACAUUUCAUGUUUAAUUCUAUUUUUGCAGUCAGUUAUUCGCGUGAAAAUGGUCAAGGACAAAAGAUUCGAGCAAAUCGCACAUUCGGACGUAUUUGGACCAAUCGACACGCGUCAAAAACAUAUUGAUGGAGAUGAGUAAGUUUUUUUCUCGAAAUUUUUUAUCCCCCUUAAAUAUAAAAUAGCAAUUUUUAACCCGCUUGUUUCCAGAUUCAUUGCAUGGGUCACCGAAUCGCCGAAAGUCAAAGGAACACGACAAGCGUGCACAAUUUUGGAGAUUUUCUCAACCGAAAUUGGAAUUCCGGUCGGCUUCCCGGAAGCGAGCAGGAAUAAAGAUAAUGUUUUUUAUCAAAGCGGAUCGGCUGGAUCUGCUGCAUCUUCUACAGUUUCUUCAAGCAAACGAGUAAGUUUUGAUUUCAAGAAAAAAUUGAGAAACAACUGUUUUUUCCAGAACUUCGACGGUCCAACAAUUCGAAAACUCAACAGUCGAACUGCCGCAAACACUUCUGCUUCAAAUGCAUAA